AUGGACACGGAUGCGUACGCAGACCAAACAAAUUUAAAAGAUGAGGAACAAUUUUUGAUUUCCGUAGAAGAUACAUUGACCACCGUGAAGGAAAGUAUUCAUAACUUCAUAAAAGAUGUCCCUCAGGCGUUCGCUGAUUCUGGACUAGAUUUUGAUUUAGAAAAAUUAUCUGUCCAAGAUGGUCCAAACUUAAACCAUUUGAUGCGUUCGUUACCGAAAUCAUUUGUUGAUCACAUAAAUAAAGAUGACGAGAAGGAUAAAAUUACUGACCUGGAACUCGAAUGCGAACGAUUGCGUGCUCAAUUGCAGCAACAGAUGGACGCAAAUAAAAAAGCACAAGAGGAAAUAGAGAAUUUGAGAGAACAAAUAUUGAAUCAGAGCACGUACUGUACGAGUUUGGGGGCAGUUUUGGGCAAUCUAACUUGGCGGGCCUCUAGAUUUCCAGAAAUCGUCGAUGUCUGGCUCUCCGCGUUUCAGCAUAAGAUCGGUGAAUUUUUAUCGAUAACGGACGGAAGUUUCGUCGCGUUUGUAAAAACUUAUCGAAACGCGUUUCCCCCGACUAGUAAUGUCGAAUAUCAGUUCAUAAUCGCAUUAUUGGGCAUCGUGACGAACAUAUCUGCAAGUCCCGAGGGGCGUGAGUUUUUAAUCAGUAACCCGAACGGCAGAGAUUUCAUACAAAAGAUGAUGAACCUCAUGCCUAGUCUGCCUCUUUCGCAGGGUUCACUUUCAUUAAAAAGAUUGAUGCUCAUGCUAUUAUACAACGUCAGUAUGAAUAAAACCGGUUUGCAUCAUCUCUUCGAGUCCCGUGUCGGGGACGUGCUGAACUAUUAUUUGCGAAACAAUUCGUUACCGGAUGAAGUUCAGCUGCUUUGCCUGCGUGUAUUACAUUCCAUCACCUACGAUCUCACCAAUCCAAAAUAUAUAGAGGAUCUGAUCACAACUUUGCCAAUUGCCCAGAUAGAAGGUAUCGCCGUAUUGAACAAGAACGAGAUUAGCACCUUCGCAAAAGAAGUUAUGAAACAUUUAAGAGACUCGCAGAAAUUCGUGAGAUCGACUUAA